AUGGGCAACAACUGGAAGCAAGCAUUGAAUUUCUUGCGUUCUGUUGAAGAAUCCUCCUCAGAUAUUGUUCAGAGUAAAUUAAGAUCAGGUAAUUAUAUAAAGGUGAUAGCAGGAAUUCUUUUUACAAUUGUGUUGAAGGAUUAUUCGGUGUACAUUUCGGGUACUCAUUCUUUGUGUGGCCUUUUAUUGGAUAAGUAUGUCAAGUAUGGACGGGUUGACUCGUUUACUCGGAUUAACUUUGACAAGCUUUUAUCAUCAUCAUCAUCAUGUCAUGUGGAUAAUAUACUAGUCUAUGACGUCUCUGCCCUGUACCGUCAUGCUGCUUUUAUUACGCAAUCAGGAGAGGUUUUUACAUGUGGUAACAAUUCGUCGGGUUGCUGUGGGGAUGGCGGUGGCGGUGGCGGUGGUGACAUUGACAAUCGCAUCCUUAGACCUCGGCUUGUGGAAGGCGCAUUGAAGGGAAUCCCUUGCAAACAAGUUGUAGUCGGUUAUAAAUUCACUGUGUUUCUUACAAGAGAUGGACGAGUAUAUACUUGUGGGAGAAACAAUCACAGUCAGCUUGGUCAUGGUGAUAGCGUGGAUAGACCGACACCUACCAUAGUAGAAUCGCUAGUAGAUUGUGUAGUAGUUCAAGUUUCAGCUGGUCUAACUUUCACAUUAGCUGUAACUAGCGAUGGCAACUUGUAUUCAUUCGGCUCGGGCGAGGACGAUGGGUGUUUGGGUCACGGAGUUGAGCAGAAUGAGCUACGCCCUCGUCUGGUUGACUUCUUUAAAAGAAGGGACAUUCACAUUCUUAGAGUCUCUGCAGGACUUAGUCAUGUUGUAGCUCUCGAUUCUAGUGGAUUGGUUUAUACUUGGGGGAGAGGUGUAACAGGGCAGUUGUGUAAUGGAGGUUAUAUAAACCAUCUUAGCACACCACAUUUAGUGAACCACCUCAAGAGUCAGAUUGCUAUACAGAAACUCUUCAUGUUCAGACAUGUUGACAACGAAGAAGAGAACGAUGAUGAACGCGAUGGAGACGACGAUGAUGACAAGGAUACGAUUAGAAAAGAUACAGCAGUUUUAGCUGCUCAUGGCGUGAGAUCUUGCAGGGUAAGAAGGCCAUCAAAGAUAAUGGUUUAUGAUGGUUGA